AUGAACACGUCAAUAGCGCCGACGGCGGGACAGGCGCAACACCAGCCCAGGGCGCGGCGGCCGCACCGGCCUCGCAAGGACUACACCAAUUUGGACACGGUAUUCGAGUCGCUCGACGACCUCAAAACCGCCCUACGCCAGUACAUGGACAAUGCCACAACCCCCGACGCCCUCCCGCAAUAUGUCUCGUGUGCUAUGACCUUGGCCAUUCAUGCCGCUCUACCUCUCAAGUCUCCCACCGAAACCUCCCACCCUCGCCGUCGACCCAGCUACAUGCCCUUUGAUGGCUUUGGCGACGAGCUAGAUCUCGGCGGACACGAUAUCGGCUCGGUCCACGAACAGCACCAAGCAGAACAGGAGCAGGAGCAAGAUCAAGAGCAGCAGUUGGAAUACAAGACGGUGCUGGAACUAGUAAACAUCGACGACCUCAAGCAGCGACAGAUAUGGCAGCGCGCUGCUGCCAAGGGCAUUGUCCAGCAGAUCCAACACCUUGAUGGCUUCAAGUACUGCUUCAACAACAACUGGUCCAGCAAAGACGACAACGGUUAUCGCUACUCGUACACUUGUCUCGACUCGCUGGAAAACAAGGACAGACACGCCAAUGGCUUCCGUGCCACCAAUGCUGCAACCCGGCGCCCUGGUGCCAACACUCGCGGUGUUCGCAAACCCACCUACGACUGCAAGGGUCAGAUCGCAGUCAAGUUCUCUGCCAUGCGCCAGUCUGUCGAGGUUGUCUACAAGCAUCACGCCAUCCACAAGACGGUCGCUGAGAGACGCCCGCCUCCACGUAAAGAUUCAAAGCGGAAGUCCAUCACACAGCAGUCAGUGGCGGAAACCACACCUGAUGCAAGCCUGGUGUCUUUUGUAGACCAAGACACCCACGAGAACUCUNUUAUCCUCCAUGAUGUUGAUCCCUCGGCCUUCCAACCCUAUUCUGACCCCGUAGAGCUUCCAGUUGCAAAGAAGCCCCUUCGCAAGACCAAUGAGAGUGCCAGUCAGCCCCGCUCGAAGCGCCAGAAAAUACAGCCUGUUCAACUAGCAGAUCAAGUGGAACGUCCUUUGUCGCUGGUUGAGAUUCUGCAACGGUCGAUGGCUCCACCUAACACCUCCACUCUGAACCAGGAGCUGAAUGCUGAGUCAUCGCCGUCGCCGCCUCCGGCUCCUCUCUGGCGGACUCCGCCUUCGGCUCCUGUCACCAUCUCGUCCAACACUCUUUCUGGCAAUUACCCUCCCCUUGCGAGUCAUCCAAGCUUCAACCCAGCUUACCAGCAACCGCAACCACCUGAUGUUGGUCGCUUCUCAAAGCUUGCUGUCCCUUGUUUCAAGUGCAAAGCUGCGCAUACCCAGUGCGAUGGUUUGCAACCUGUCUGUAACUCCUGCCAGCUACGAGGAACCGUUUGCAACUAUCCCUCGAUCCUCAGAUUCGACAAGGCACCCGUUCCAGAUUCGCGCUGGAUACAAGUGCAACCUACUCAGAACGGGCGUGGUGUGUUUCGCGUGAACCAGAGCUCUCCGGCAAACAACACAUCGGCUGUUCCCCCUCAGGACGCGUUUCCCGCCGCUGGUCAACAAGGUCCAUGGUACUCUCAGUCCUGA